CGUCUUCCCCGCCACUGAAUCGGAAGUUGUGGGCGGCAGUUGAGUUGAAAUGGGCACUGGCGGGCGGAGUGGGCAGCGGCCGGGGAAGGCGAGCACGGAUGGAGUGGGAGUCACUCCUGGCGCCUCGGCCUCCUACCAGUACAGGUGCAUUGAAUGCAACCAGGAGGCCAAGGAGUUGUACCGAGACUAUAACCACGGCGUGCUGAAGAUAACCAUCUGCGAAUCCUGCCAGAAACCUGUAGACAAAUAUAUCGAGUAUGAUCCUGUUAUUAUCUUGAUUAAUGCUAUUUUAUGCAAAGCCCAGGCCUAUAGGCAUAUUCUUUUCAAUACUAAAAUAAAUAUCCAUGGAAAACUCUGCGUGUUUUGUUUGCUUUGUGAAGCAUACCUGAGGUGGUGGCAGCUUCAAGAUUCAAACCAGAACACUGCCCCUGACGACUUGAUCAGAUAUGCUAAAGAAUGGGAUUUCUAUAGAAUGUUUGCCAUUGCUUCUUUAGAACAAACUGCCUUUUUAAUUGGCAUUUUCACCUUCCUGUGGGUAGAACAACCUAUGACGGCAAAAAAAAAGCCCAACUUCAUUUUGCUACUGAAAGCAUUAUUAUUAUCCAGCUAUGGAAAACUCUUGCUGAUUCCAGCUGUCAUUUGGGAACACGACUAUACACCUCUAUGCCUCAAGCUCAUUAAAGUAUUUGUCCUUACAUCAAAUUUCCAGGCAAUCAGAGUGACCCUAAACAUCAACCGAAAGCUCUCCUUGAUGGCCAUCUUGAGUGGCUUACUGCUGGAAAGCACCAUGGUGUAUUUCUUCCAGAGGAUGGAGUGGGAUGUUGGAAGUGAUUGUGCCAUCUAUAAAGAUCAGGACUUCUAAGAGUUUCACUCGUCUUUCUUCUCUGUGCCAAGCCAGCUACAUCUGAAAAAGAGAAGACCUGAAACAGAAACCAAGCUCCACAUUUCUAAUGAGUAAAACGAGGCCAAGAUUGGGAACUACUCCCUAAAACGACAGCAGCAAAGGUUCAGUAGAAACCCAUGCUCCCCCACCGACACCCACCCUAUGGAACACACACACAGAUGCAGAUAGCACCUUCGCCCGCACUGAGCGCUGCCGCAGGCGGGGAUGUGUGCCACAGUGCAGACUCACACCUUAGAGAUAGCCGCAGGUAAGCACUCAGAUCGCACGUGUAAUAAAAUAUAUAGAUUGCAUUCCUGUGGCAUGCUUAUGUCAUUUUAUUUAAAUGUUAAGUUACUAGCCUAAAAUAACCUUUUGUGCUCUUACAACAGUAGAAAUACUUUGAAUAAAUUUUAAAAAAUCUUUCAGAAUAAACUGAGUUUUUAUAAAUUUCUAAUUCACAAAC